CAGUCCGGACAACUGUUUCACAUGUAAAUAAACACUCGUCAGCCAGCUUGCACAAGAAUUUUCAACACCCUCGACGGCGGGGCUCUGAUCGGUUCGAUAAUCGUCUCGUCGGUACUCAACUCCGAUUCGAAAAGGCCCGUCUGAAAAGUUGGGAUUGACGAACCCUGUCGUUGUCGAAUCGUUAAGUUUUUUUGAUUUUCUCGGGGCUCGGCCGACUUUAUUAUUAGUCGUGUGUCCAGUGGUGUAGAAAUGACUUUUUCCCUCCUGUCGAGUCUCGAUUUUAUUUUAAUUGUUAUUUCGGUUUGUUUUCGAUCGGACAGAUAGCCUUGUUCGACACUUCGAGCUGUUUCGUUCCGCGAGACGGGAAUCGAUACGAUUGUGUUUUUACGGAAAAAGUACGAGCCCCGUCUCAUCGUGACCAUGUCUUCUCCAAGCGCUGGAAAACGUAGGAUGGACACGGACGUUAUUAAACUAAUCGAAAGCAAACAUGAGGUCACAAUCUUAGGCGGCCUGAAUGAAUUCUGUGUGAAAUUCUUUGGACCCAGAGGAACACCAUACGAGGGUGGCAUCUGGAAAGUCCGGGUUCAUCUGCCAGAACACUAUCCGUUUAAAUCACCAUCAAUAGGAUUUAUGAAUAAAGUUUACCACCCGAAUAUAGAUGAAGUAUCUGGUACUGUCUGCUUAGAUGUUAUCAAUCAAGCAUGGACAGCUUUAUAUGACCUGUCAAAUAUAUUUGAAUCAUUUCUACCACAACUACUAACGUAUCCUAAUCCCAUUGAUCCACUGAAUGGGGACGCUGCUGCAAUGUUCCUUCAUAAACCAGAAGAGUACAAAAAGAAAGUCCAUGAAUAUGUUAAGAAAUAUGCAACAGAGGAGGCACUUAGAGACCAAGAACAACAAGUCGUUUCAUCUGAAAGCGAGUCCUCUAUGUCGGAUUUUAGUGAAGAUGAAGCCCAAGAUAUGGAAUUAUAACAUUGGUUGAACCAACAACCUAUUUUAUAGCCUAAGGUUUUUAAGGCCCGUAAGUUGAACAAAUAGUCAGUGGAGUUAUCCAGGAAUAAGGGAAUUUUUUAUCAUGAAAACCUUACAUAAUUAAAUGGUUGUUGCUAAAUUAUAGUCUUUCAUUAUUUAUAUUUUCUGAGAGUUUAUUUAAUUUUGGUUGUUGAGUCAAUGUUUGUACAAAAAUCGAUAUUGUAGUCUUAAAAAGGUAAUUUAAACAAAUCCUACUAUUGGAUGAUAUAAAAAGUUUGUUAAUCAGACUGGUUCUUAAAAUAAAAGAAAUGUUUUAAAAAAUAUUAAAAAAUCGGACAUAAUUAUAUGACCUUGUUAUCUCAGGAUAGUCUUUCCAUGGAGCCAAUUACUUAAGUUAUACUGUUAAAUAUAUUCUAUGACAUCUGAAACACAGUAAUGUUUAUUACCAAUGUCUUUUGUUUUUAUUUGCCAUUUUAUUUGAUAAAUCUUCCAAAGUAAGUUAUGUCGAACAAUUUUUUUUUUGAAAAUUUACCAUUGAUUACAUUGCUUUAAUAUUCCCAUUGAUUUCAUAUUGGCUGAAUUCAUUUUGAUGUUUGUACUAAAAAGUAAAACGGGAAAAAAACAAAUAGUUAAGAUAAGUAAAAAAAAAUAACUAAAAAUAAAAAAUCUACAAUUUUUUUUACUUUAAUAUAUUAAUAAAUAUUAACAUCUUAUGUAUAAAAUCAAAAAUUUCAUGUCUGUAAAUUGUAAAUUGAACUAGAAAUUUAUUCUUGUCAGAAAAUUAAAACUCUUGCAUCCACUGUAUUUAAAAUCUUAAUUUAUAAUGAACACAUGCUCAUUUUGGGACUAAAAGAUAAAAAAUUCAAUUACAAUAAUAGAACAUGUUUAUUCUUACAUUAAUCAGAAUGAUUGAAUGUCAUUUUUACUGAUAUGGUCUAAGUAUAGUAAGUUAUAAUAUCACUAAAAAUCACCUGUACCAGGAGUUCCAAUUUAUUCGGAAUUGAGAAUUUAAAAUUACCCAAUACAAAUUGUGAGUGGCCAAUGAUUAUAAGAUGUAAUAAGUGUAAUUUGAUACUGAGAAAACUUUCAUGAAAAUAUACGUUAAUAGAUUUUAAUUUGUUAUCUCUUCGAAUGUUUUUGGUGUGCCAUGGAUCGACUUGUAAAAAGUGUACUUAAGUUUUUUUAAAUAUGACUGCCUUUAGAGUUAAAGAGGUGUAGUGUUGCAAAUCAGUGGUAUAAUAGCAUGUUACCUCUCAAAUUGUAUUUUUAUGUUUAUUUCAUCUAAAUAUGUACCACUUGGGAUUUUAAUUGUGCAGUCAUUUGUAAUAAUUAAUUUCAUGGUAUAACAGUAGUUUAGAUUACAUAGAGUAUGUUCUGUAUUAAAAUUAUAUAAGGGCCACCAUUAAAUUUUUUAAUGAUUAUUUUUUAAGAUAUAUUAUCAUAUUUAUUUUAUAAACAGAUUCUAUAAAGAUCAAAAUUGUGGUCCAAAAAAAAAAGCAAUGCCAAGCAUUCAACCAAUUUAUUGCCUUCAUCAGGGCUAGAAACUGAUAAUUUAGAUUAUAAGUAUAAUUUUACAUAAUAGGGUGUACAUGUUACAACAGAACUUUAAUUAAGGCAUUUCGUCUAUUCAUAUUUGGUUAGAUUAAGUUUUUUUAAAUGUUUUGAAACAGACGGAAAAUUUCCAUUUAUCAAUAUAAUUUUAUGACAUAACUGUACAAAAAUGGAACGUAAUUUUGCACUUUUGCUGAAAAUAGAUUCUUCCAUUUGUUGCUUUUCAAUUAUGCCUUCGGUACAUUUGUCUCCUUGCUUUUUUAAACAAUUAGCAAUUCCUAUUAAUUAAUUGCCCAGUUAUAAAUGUACAAUAUUGCAAUUCAUCAAUGGAUACAAUGAUUAAUUGAAGUAAUUCCAUUUCUAUAUCUAAUUGGCCACUGAAAAAUAUUUUUUUAAACAAUUUUUCCAUGUUCAAAUUAUAAUGUUAGAUAAGUUUUUGCCCAAUUUAUUUAAAGCUUUACAAUUUUGUUUUAAUAAUUGUCAAUUGCCAAUAUUUAAUCAUUAAUGAUUUUGAAUCAAAAGCUCCGCAUGACUUUUAAAAUCUUAUCAACAAUAGGGACCAAAUAUUUUUUAGGCAGUAACACAUCCAAUUGGAUACCGACUAUGUUUCAACAUUUUAAGCAUUCUUACAAUAGAACGACUUCAAUGACAACUUUGUUUGGUUUAAAUGCUAUUUCACUGAUCUAAUGUACUAAUAAAAUUGUGCUGAAAUACAAUAAUCAUUAAGACUUAAAUAAACAUGUUAUUUUUCUUUUUAUUUAAACAACUGGGAAAACUAUAUUAAUUAAAUUUUAAUGUUGAAAAUAUUUUUUGUGGCCAAAUUAUUAUCCUUAAGAUGACAUCGUGACAAGAAGUAUAAUUUCGUAUUGGAUAAAUUGAGUAAAAAUUGGUUCUAUCCUUUAGAAUUUCUGAUCUUAUUUAACUUUUUCCCCAAAUUUUUGCCUUAGAUACUUGCAACAUAACCACUGAUUUAUGCUACAAUAUUUGAAAACAUUGCUCGUUCCAUUGAAGGAACAGGUGCAGAAACCAUUGAGGACAAGUUUCUAAAAUGAAAACAUUCUUUUCGAUAGUAUAAAAACUUUAUUUUAUUAAAACAUUGUGAUCUAUACAGCUAUGGGCGUUAAUUGUAUAAUUAAUAAUAUAAUCAUACUAACAAAACAAAUAUUCAAAUUUGCCGGACAUGUCUUUGUGAUUUAAUCCCUAACAGAUACUAUGUCGGUAAUACAAAUGAUACAUAAUAAAAACUAGUGUAUAUAUGCAAAAUGUGAGAUUAUAGACGAUUAAACAUUUACAUAUAAUAGGUAAAUAGGUGGCCAAUGUCUUACAAUUUAAUUUACAAUACUUUUGAUAUUGAAAAAUGAAACGUAUUCUUUGAACUUGCAAGGCAAGCGCUGCAUAUUUAUUGUUGUUAUUACAACAGUUUUAGACAACUUUCAAUGACAAAAUAACUAUUGUAAUAUUUAUUUAUUUUUAAAAUGUUUAUGAUAUAAAAUAGUAGUGUUAUAUCAGCAAGACAUUGUAAUUUAAACUUUAUUGGAUUAAAUCAAUUUUUUUUAUAUGCGAGCAUAAUUAUACUUUGUAAGUUUGGACAUAAAAUAAAACCUUAAUUCAUUGAUGAAGGGAGUUGUUUUAAAUUCUCUUUAUCAGUGGUUUGGAAAUUUUGUUGUAAACUGUUUCAAAAAUUCCAACACCAGGAAGUAAACAGAUGUAAAUAUUUAACAAAGAAAGCUAUUUUAUUGACAUUAUCAUUGUGGACGUAAUGUAAAAGCAAAAAAAGUUUUUCAAAACCUUAUGAGUACUUGUCAAAUAAGUGUUAAAAAAAUGAUUUAUUUGUAUAUAGAAAUUAUUGUUAAUGAAAAUUUAAAAGUCACUAUUGCAAACGUUGCAAUUGUUAAUCUUUAAUACCAGUUGCUAGCUGAUCACAUUAGUGUAUUAAAUCUACCUCAUAAUUAAUAUAAUUAUUUCCUGAAUUGUGAGUCGUUUUUAUUAAACAAACCUCAAUAACUCCAAGAAGCUUUAUCCUUUAUUCUUGGACAAAAGAUUACAAAAAAUUAUUAUUUAAUUGUUACAAUUGAACAUUUAUCAGUAAUGUAGCCUGUAAAUGCAUUCUGUUAGUAAAAAAAAAAUAAAAAAAGAAAUUAAUUAAAAAUGAAAAACAGAAGAAGGAGUUACGAGGUUUUUACAAAGGACAAUAUUAACAAUCAAUUCAUUAUUCUAAUAUAUUUCUGGAUUACUUAACGAAUGAUUACAAGUGAGUAGCACGCUACAUUAAUGGUUAGGAAUUUAGCUGUAAAAUAUUAGGAUAAGCUGUAAUACAUUUUAGGGAGAUAGGUGGUUUUGAAUUAUAUACAGUUAAUUGUGUGCAAAAUGUAGAUGGAAUUAUCACUGCUACUAACAAAAUGAAAAAAAAAGUAAACCAGAUUUGAAAAUAAUAUUUUAUUUAUUUUUGAAAUAGUUAACCUUUACAUUAUAUAGUAACUAUUUUUAAGUAGUUUAAGAAGUAUUUAUAUAAAGUUGCAUAAUUAGCUUAUAUAUUUAUGAUAACUUAAAGAAUACAGGUGUGAGAAUUGUGCUAUGUAUGAUAAAAUACCCAGUUUUUAUUUGUUUGUCUUUAUUUCAGUUUAUUACGUGUAAAGCAUUUAUAGAAUUUGUCUUUGUAUCAAAGGUAUUAAAUCAUUCAGCUAUAAAGUAUAAGAAUAAACUUUGUAUUAAGUUUUGACAAACACUUAAAAUAUGACAAAUUUUGGAUGUGAUGUAAUACAAGAAUUCGUCAAAUGCUCAAAUUGAUUUCUAUUUAAUUAUGCACACGUGUUAUCACAAUUAAUUUUGUGGCUAUAAAAAUUAAAAUAAUUUUAUUAAUACUUUUGAAUUUAAUCACAGUUAUGUUUUUUUGAUUAUGGUUGAUUAGUUUAUUCUUGUUAUCAUUUUGUAUUUCUAUAUCACGUGGUUUCUAAAUGUCCACAUUGUAUUGAAAUGCUGUGUUAUGGGGCAAUUUACAUGUUUCUGAUAUCAAAAAUUACUGAACCUUAUUUUAUGGUGUUUUAUAAUAUUUUAAAUAAAAAUGUUAAAAUUG